AUCAAAUUCACAAUUCAAGAAACCAAAAUAUGAGUUUAAUCAAGAUUUCACUAAUUGUUCUUAUUUCUCUAAUCAUGGGUUUAGCCAUGGUGAACCCAUCCCAUGCCCAAAACGCACCACAAGACUACCUUAACGCACACAACGCAGCUCGUGCACAAGUUGGUGUAUCCAAUAUAGUAUGGGACAAUACAGUGGCAGCCUAUGCUCAAAACUAUGCAAAUUCAAGAAUUUCUGAUUGCAAUCUCGUGCACUCCAACGGACCUUACGGCGAAAACCUAGCCAAGGGUAGUAGUAGUUCGAUGACAGGCACCGCCGCGGUGAAUUUGUGGGUGGCGGAGAAGCCGUAUUAUGAUUAUGGUUCGAAUACUUGUACCGGAGGUAAACAAUGCUUGCAUUAUACUCAAGUGGUUUGGCAGAACUCGGUUCGUGUGGGGUGCGCUAGGGUUCAGUGUACUAAUGGAUGGUGGUUCGUUACGUGCAACUAUGAUCCACCGGGCAACUAUAUUGGUCAAAAACCUUACUAGCGGCUAGAUUCUAAACGCUAAGUGUGUCGAGUACCGAGUAUAAUUAUGAAUCAGUGAAGUAUAAAUAAAGAAAACUGGCAAAAUAAUUUUAUAUAUUCAUAACUUUUAUCAUUUUGACAGAUAUAUUUUU